AUGAAAUAAUUGAAAUUGUUUACGUGUUUAGAUAUUAAACAUGAAGGAGAAGAGAUAUAAGGAUUUUGCUUAAAUUUUGGCUGUAAAGAUCUAAGAUCAUAAUUCUGUAUUUAAUGUGCAGUUGAUCCUAAUAAGCAUAAUAAUUGCAAAAAAGACCUUAAAGGAUUUAUUUAAAUUUAAAGUUUUGUUGCUAAAUUCAAUUAGAAUCUCAUUGAUAUUACAACUUAGCUAAAUAAAUCCUUUAUCUAAUUCAAAAUAUAAUAUGAAGAAUAUUCAAAAAAAUUAGAGAUUAUGAUGAAAAAAUUAGUUUAAGUCUUAGAUGGUUUAAAUUAAUAAGAUUAUCAUUUCUUAAAAGAAAAUUUGUAAUUGAUAAAGGAUUUUUAUCAAUUUUAGUAUAAUGAAGUUGAGAUUACGAAUGAAAAUUAAUUCGGUAUUUGAUAUUUUUAAUAUAAUUAGGAACUUCAUUACGUGAUGUAAAAAGGAUGAUUCAGGCUCUGAAUUAAGAUUAUGAAUAAUUAAAUAAAUAUUCAAAUACAAUUUAACAGGACCGCUAAAGUUUACUUCAGUAGGGUAUUUGAUUUGAAUUAAAUAAAUAUAGGAAUAGAAUUAUUAAAUUAGAAAAAAUGGUAGGAGGCCAAUGAAACCUUCUCUUAACAUGUAGAAUAAUAAGAGAAAUUAUUAUCUAUUUCUUACUACUUUCAAAGUAAAUUUAAGUAUUCUCUUAGAUCUUUCUUUAAUUGAGAUUAAUUAACUGUAAAAAGCAAAAAAAUUAAGAGAUUAGGCUAAAACAUUAAAUAGCAACUUAUAUAAAGAUCUAUUAGAAUAUUUAGAUUUGAAAUUAAACAAUACUCCAAUGAAAGCAUAUUUAUAAAUUGUUAAUAGUAAAUUUCAUCCGUAUGCCUUUAGUAAUUGCAUUAACUGAAAAUAAACAAUAUGAAUAAGCUAUUGAAAAAUGUGACACUUUGCUAAAAUAGGAUUCUUAAUGUCUGCCUGCUUUUUAUAGAAAAAGUAUUGAUUUAUUUUUAAUAAUUGGUUUUGCUCUAAAAAAAUUAAAUGAAUUAGAAAAGGCAUUAUAAUGUAUUGAUAAGGCUCUUGAAUAUAAUCCAAAAUAUGCAAUAGGUUAUAAAUUUAAAGGUGUUUAAAUUCUAAUAAUUAAAGGAUUAUUGUUAAUAGAAUUAUAAAAAUAAUAUGAUGCCAUUAAUUGCUUCAAUAUUGUAAUUGAAAUAGAUGCAAAUUAUGCAAAUGCAUAUAAUUAUAAAGGUUGAUAUUGACACCAUAUUUAAUAGGGCUUUCAUUACAUUACUUAAAACAAUAUGAUGAUGCAAUUAAUUGUUAUAAUUAAGCAAUUAAAUUAGAUCCAAAUUAUGCAAUUACUUACAAUUAUAAGGGUAAACAUUUGAAAUCAUUUUACAUAGGACUUUCAUUAAAUAGUCUUAAACGAUAUGAUGAUGCAAUUAAUUGCUAUGAUUAUGCCAUUAAAUUCGAUUAAACAUAUGCUUUAGCUUACACUAAUAAGGGUUAAUAUUUAAUAUCAUUUUAAUUAGGAGAUUCUUUAAAUGGAUUAUUAAAACAUGAUGAUGCAAUUAUUUGUUUGAAUAAAGCAAUUGAAUUAAAUCCAAAUGAUGGAAUUGCUCAUUUUAAUAAAGGUUAUUAUUUGAUAUCAUUAUAAAUAGGUCUUUCAUUACAUAGUCUAAAAAAAUAUGGUGAUGCAAUUUAUUGUUAUGAUUAAGCAAUUAAGAUACUACCAAACUUUGCUAAUGCAUAUAACUAUAAAGGUUAUUAUAUGGUAUUAUUUAAAAAUAGGGCUUUCAUUACAUAGUUUAAAACAAUAUGAUGAUGCUAUUAAUUGCUACGAUUAAGCAAUAAAAUUAGAUCCAAAUUAUGGAAUUACUUAUAAUAAUAAGGGUUAACAUUUGAUAUCUAUUAAUUUAGGUGUUUCAUUAAAUAGUCUGAUGAAAUAUGAUGAUGCAAUAAUCUUUUUGAACAAAGCAAUUGAAUUAAAUCCAAAUGAUGGAAUUUCUUAUAGUAAUAAGGGUGUAUUUUUCGAUUUUCUAUUUGAUAGGGGUUUCUUUACAUAGUCUAAAGUAAUAUGAUAAAGCAAUUAUUUGCUAUGAUUAAGCAAUUAAGUUAGAUCCAAAAUUUGCGAAUGCUCAUUGUAAUAAAGGUUAUUAUAUGAUAUCAUUAAAAAUAGGACUUUCAUUACAUAGUCUGAUGCAAUAUGAUGAUGCAAUAAAAUGCUAUAAUUUAGCAAUUAAGUUAGAUCCAAAUUAUACAAAUGCAUAUAACUAUAAGGGUUAUUAUAUUAUAUAAUUAAAUAGGGCUUUCAUUACAUAAUCUAUAAUAAUAUCAUAAUUCAAUCAUUUGCUAUGAUAAAGCAAUUAAAUUAGAUCCAAACUUUGCAAAUGCUUAUUUUAAUAAAGGUUAUUAUGCGAUAUCAUUUAAAUAGGGCUUUCAUUACAUUGUCUAUAACAAUAUGAUGAUGCAAUUAAUUGCUAUAAUUUAGCAAUUAAAAUAGAUCUAAAUUAUGCAAAUGCUUAUAAUUAUAAGGGUUAAUAUUUGACAUUAUUUUUAAUAGGACUUUCAUUACAAAGUUAAUAAUCAUAUGACGAUGCAAUUAUUUGCUUUGAUUAAGCAAUUAAAUUAGAUCCAAAUUCUCCAUUAGCAUAUAAUAAUAAGGGUUAAUAUUUGAUAUUAUUUAUAAUAGGAGUUUCUUUAAACAGCAUAAAGCAUUAUGCGGUUGCAAUUAAUUGUUAUGAUUAAGCGAUUAAUUUAGAUCCAACUUAUGCAUAAGCUUAUAAUAAUAAGGGUUAAUAUUUGAUAUUUAUUUAUAAAGGAGUUUCUUUAAAUAGUCUAUCAAAAUAUAUUGAUGCAAUAUUUUGCUUUAAUAAAGUAAUUGAAUUCAAUCCAAAUGAUGGAUUUGCUUAUAUUAAUAAAGGUUUAUAUUGAUAUAAUUCAAUAUAGGGCUUUCUUUACAUAAUCUAAAACAAUAUGAUGAUGCAAUUAUUUGCUAUGAUCAAGCUAUUAAAUUAGAUCCAAAUUAUGCAUUAGCAUAUAAUAAUAAGGGUUAGUAUUUGACAUCAUAUUAAUAGGAGUUUCUUUAAAUAGUCUGUUAAAAUUUGAGGAUGCAAUAAAUUGUUUGAACAAAGCAAUUACAUUAAAUCCAAAUAACGGAAUUACUUAUAUUAAUAAAGGUUAAUAUUUGAUAUCAUUUAAAAUAGGGCUUUCAUUACAUAGUUUAAAACAAUAUAAUGAUGCAAUAAUUUGCUAUGAUUAAGCAAUCAAAAUAGAUCCAAAUUCUGCGUUAGCUUAUAAUAGUAAGGGUUAGUAUUUGAAAUUAUUGAAAAUAGGACUUUCAUUAAAUAGUCUGAAAAAAUAUGAUGAUGCAAUUAAUUGCUACGAUUAAGCAAUUUAAUUAGAUCCGAAUUAUGCAUUUACUUAUAAUAAUAAAGGUAUCAUAUAAAUUCCUUAAAAAAGGUCUUACCUUAUAAACUCUAAAUUAAUAUGAAGAAGCAUUAACUAAUUUCAGUAAUGCAAUAUUAAUUGANAUUACAUAGUCUGAUGCAAUAUGAUGAUGCAAUAAAAUGCUAUAAUUUAGCAAUUAAGUUAGAUCCAAAUUAUACAAAUGCAUAUAACUAUAAGGGUUAUUAUAUUAUAUAAUUAAAUAGGGCUUUCAUUACAUAAUCUAUAAUAAUAUCAUAAUUCAAUCAUUUGCUAUGAUAAAGCAAUUAAAUUAGAUCCAAACUUUGCAAAUGCUUAUUUUAAUAAAGGUUAUUAUGCGAUAUCAUUUAAAUAGGGCUUUCAUUACAUUGUCUAUAACAAUAUGAUGAUGCAAUUAAUUGCUAUAAUUUAGCAAUUAAAAUAGAUCUAAAUUAUGCAAAUGCUUAUAAUUAUAAGGGUUAAUAUUUGACAUUAUUUUUAAUAGGACUUUCAUUACAAAGUUAAUAAUCAUAUGACGAUGCAAUUAUUUGCUUUGAUUAAGCAAUUAAAUUAGAUCCAAAUUCUCCAUUAGCAUAUAAUAAUAAGGGUUAAUAUUUGAUAUUAUUUAUAAUAGGAGUUUCUUUAAACAGCAUAAAGCAUUAUGCGGUUGCAAUUAAUUGUUAUGAUUAAGCGAUUAAUUUAGAUCCAACUUAUGCAUAAGCUUAUAAUAAUAAGGGUUAAUAUUUGAUAUUUAUUUAUAAAGGAGUUUCUUUAAAUAGUCUAUCAAAAUAUAUUGAUGCAAUAUUUUGCUUUAAUAAAGUAAUUGAAUUCAAUCCAAAUGAUGGAUUUGCUUAUAUUAAUAAAGGUUUAUAUUGAUAUAAUUCAAUAUAGGGCUUUCUUUACAUAAUCUAAAACAAUAUGAUGAUGCAAUUAUUUGCUAUGAUCAAGCUAUUAAAUUAGAUCCAAAUUAUGCAUUAGCAUAUAAUAAUAAGGGUUAGUAUUUGACAUCAUAUUAAUAGGAGUUUCUUUAAAUAGUCUGUUAAAAUUUGAGGAUGCAAUAAAUUGUUUGAACAAAGCAAUUACAUUAAAUCCAAAUAACGGAAUUACUUAUAUUAAUAAAGGUUAAUAUUUGAUAUCAUUUAAAAUAGGGCUUUCAUUACAUAGUUUAAAACAAUAUAAUGAUGCAAUAAUUUGCUAUGAUUAAGCAAUCAAAAUAGAUCCAAAUUCUGCGUUAGCUUAUAAUAGUAAGGGUUAGUAUUUGAAAUUAUUGAAAAUAGGACUUUCAUUAAAUAGUCUGAAAAAAUAUGAUGAUGCAAUUAAUUGCUACGAUUAAGCAAUUUAAUUAGAUCCGAAUUAUGCAUUUACUUAUAAUAAUAAAGGUAUCAUAUAAAUUCCUUAAAAAAGGUCUUACCUUAUAAACUCUAAAUUAAUAUGAAGAAGCAUUAACUAAUUUCAGUAAUGCAAUAUUAAUUGAUCCGACCAUUUUUUCCUCAUAUAAGAACAAAUGUAAUUAUUGAUUAUAAUACUAGUUCAAAUAUUAAUGUAACUUCGAAAAUUUUAAUAAGCUAUUUAAAUAUUAGAAUUUGCCCUUAUCUAUUGCAAAUCUGAUGAAAGUGAAAUCAAAAGUAUGAUUUCCAAAACUAAAAAUAUUAAAUGA